CGCUCGGAUUAGUUUUGUACUACUAUUUAAACGUACGGUUAGUGUUCACCGGUGUACUGCAAGUGCAUUAACGGUUACUGCCAAGUCAGGAUGAAAUUCGAUGUGAUUGUGGUGCUUGUUUUUUUACACUUUGGAUUUUGCUGUGCUCGACUUGCCCCAAUUCUGACGGCAUGCUCACGCACCGAUCCGGAGUACGAGAAGUGUGUUAAGCAGGCAGUGGAGCGGAUCCGAUCCAACAUUGCGGUAGGAAACUAUGGCGAAGGACAACCGUCGGCCCCACCCCUGGAACCGAUUUAUAUCGAUCAAAUGAAAAUCGAUCACGGUGCCAGUUUUCAGGCCGUCCUCAGCAAUGUGACAAUCAAAGGAGCCGGAGAUUUUUCCAUCCGACGGGUUAGGCUUGCUUUAGACGAGAAAAUGAUGUACGUGAGCGUGGAUCUUCCUAGCAUGCUGGUCAAAGGGCAAUAUACUCUGGACAUGAAACUAGUGCUGCUGAAAGUCACCGGACAGGGAGAUUUCGAGUUACAGCUAAAUAACACCAUUGCCAACAUGCGACUGAAAUAUCAUCUGGUGGCAGACGAAAAUGGCCAGGACAGGGUUGUGAUGUAUCCGAUUCCGGUGAAACUACGCUUCAACCAGGGACAGUUUAAGUUGCAGAAUCUGUUCAACGGAGAUCCGGUGCUGGGGGAAAUCGGAAAUAAUGUCAUCAACGAGAAUCCACUCGUUCUACUCGAUGAAGUGAAACCGGCGUUCGAGGAAAAUUUGGGCCGAAUCUUCAGCGAAAUGGCUGACAGUGCGGUUAGCGGGGCAACGGAGUUGGAAAUUUUUCCCUUGUGACAAGAAAUAAACGUAAUCGUUAGAUGAAAUA